UUGCUUGCACUUCUUUAUACAGCAAAGGAGUCAAUAUAUUUGUAGAGCAGUGGCAUUCUGUCACUUACGAGAUACAGAAUAGGUUUCUACAUCCAACAACCAAAAUCAGUUUAAGUUGCAGCAUGGAUCCACAGUCAAAAAUACUGCUCUGCUGGAUUUGCCUUCAAGUGAUCUUUGCCUCUGCUUUUUCGGAUGUGUGGAAGGCAGAAGUUGUCUCUCCAGUGGAGGCGCUGGUCUCCUCUUGUGUCGUGUUGCCCUGUAAAUUUAAUUACCCUGGCCUUCAACGUCCUGACUCUCGGCUGAAGGGAAUCUGGCACAAAGAUCCAAACAAAAAUGAGCGUAUCUAUGAUGAAGAUCCUUUCUUGAUUGAGGAUAACUUCAAGGGGCGCACAAAGCUAAUUGGCCGACUGGGUGAGAAAAACUGCUCGUUGGAGAUAGACGAAGUGAGAGACCACGACGACGGCCCGUUCUGUUUCAGAGCUGAAAUCACAAAUAUAGAGAAAUUCUCUUUUGUGGAGAAGUGUGUGACCAUCAAUAUGAAGCCCGAACCUGACAAACCAAAUCUGGAUCAUGAAGAAUCCUUCACAGAGGGAACACCUGCUGUCUUUAAGUGUUACGUCAGACACACCUGUCCCACACACCACCCAACUAUUGAAUGGAAUCGUCAAGAUGCUAAACCUCGUUUGUCCUAUAAGGACAAUGGCUUUGGAGUUUGGGAGGUGGAGUCCCUCCUGAUCGUCCCUGCCACAGAGAAGGACAAUCACACUGACAUCACCUGCACUGUCACUUUCCACGGCAACAAGAAAUCUGCAGUCACUCACAAGAUAGAGAUAGAUAUAUUGGCUAAGCAAAUAAUUAAGCGGGUAAUAGUUUUUAUUGUGUGUGAUUUCAUUACUUAUAUUUCUUAUCUAUCUAUGCUAUGCUUCAUUCUAACAGUAAUGUUUUCAAAAAUGAUGGGAAGCUAUUACAUACCAGGAUUAUACACUUAGAUAUGGAUAAAUGCUUGUAGUAAGUAGCCUCAGUCAUCUGUCAUGAACUAUACAAUAUAAAUACUUUUUUUAAGAGGCAGGCUUAAUGUUUUUGGUAUGUUCGGUGUAAGGCUAGGAAUAGAUUUAAAAAGAACACGUAUGUACAUACAAUUUAAAUACACACAAACAAUUUAAACACACACACACACACACACACA